UUCUCUCUUCUCUCUUCAUCUCCGCCGUAAAGGCGCAUCUCUUCUUCCUCUUUCUACUCUAAUUUUCUAUCUUAGAUGAACUCCGAAGCAUAUCAGCUGAAGCCGUCGUAGACGCCAGAAUCGAUCCCAAUUAUGUCACUUCCCAAUGAUUUGCUAUUGAGCUGCGUCGCACGUGUCUCAAUAUUGUACUAUCCAACGCUCUCCCUUGUCUCCAAGAGCUUUCGAUCUAUCCUAACUUCACCGGAGCUUUACAAUGCCCGGUCAGUCUUAGGACGCACCGAGAGUUGUCUCUAUGUGUGCUUAAUGUCGAAACCUUAUUUGAACUCUAGCUGCUGGUUUACCCUCUGCCGGAAACCUGAUAAAACCUCAAACAAUGACGACACAAGUGGGUAUGCUUUGGCUACAGUCCCCAUUACCCAUUCUCCUCGUCCGCACAUUCCGGGUCUAGUGGCGGUUGGUUCUGAUAUCUACAGCAUUGGCGUAUCCUCUAGCGUCAUGAUUCUGGAUUGCAUGUCUCACACGUGGCGCGAGGCUCCAAGCUUGCCGGUGGAGCCAAUGGGACUUUCUAGUAGCGUCCUUGAUGGAAAGAUAUAUGUAGCUGCAGGAAGCUGUGAAGAUUCCUCGAAGAACUUGUUUGAGGUGUUUGACACAGAAACACAAACUUGGGAUCCUAGUAAACCUAUCCCUUGCAGCAAGGCAAAAUAUGACUUUGCAUUCUCCAAAAGCACAUGUAUUGAUGGAAAGUUCCACCUGGUGUCUCAUUGCCAUCAUGAUGUGAUUGCUUACAGUCCCAAGGAAGGUAGAUGGGACAAGGUUGGAAAUGAGCUAAGAGAUGUUUUCUAUACGGUUUCUUAUUGCGUGGUAGAGAACGUUUUAUACACUAAUUUUCACGGAGUGUUCAAAUGGUUUGACACUAAGCCAAGAGUGUGGAGAAAAUUGAAGGGUUUGGUAAGGUUACCUAAGUUCCCUCCAAGUUGUCGUAUUCAAUUGGCUGAUUAUGGUGGAAAACUGGCGGUUUUGUGGGUCGAUCAAUCGCCUUGUACUAGUGGUGACGGCUAUAACAAGGAUAAGAUUUGGUGUGCGGAGAUUGCUCUUGAGAAACAACAACAAGAAAGUUGUGAAAUUUGGGGAGAAGUUGAGUGGUUUGGUCAUGUGCUUACAGUUCCUGCAACAUGUCGUUUAGAGAAGGUUCUUGCUGCUACUCUUUGAUGAAUGAAUGUGUCACAAAGCUUGAAAUAUGUGUGUGUGUGUUUUUUAUUUUUUAUUUUUUUUUUAUUUGGUGUAUGCAAAAUACUAUGA